UGCCUUUGACACGCCUAUCCUCUCUCUCUCUCUCUCUCCCCCCCUCUCUCUGUGUCUCUUUGGGCUAGUUAUCUUUCUUGUUUGUGCCGGCGGCUCUAUGCCCUAGGCCUCUCUCUUUCUUAUCAACCGCCGCCGCCGCUGCAACAAACUGUUAAUCGAAUCAAAAAUUUCAGGGCCUUAGCUGCUUUUGCUGCGCAUUGUGAACUGCUCCUGCUUUUUCAGAGCAUAAGAGAAAAGGAUGAUCGACUGCUAUGAUGUUAUUGUGAAGGAAUCAAGUCAAAUCGAAUUCAUUUUCACUUGUUCCAACUGAUCAGUUGAAGUUCGGUUUAAAUUUCUACUUUAAGAAAUGGAUCGGUGUGACACGUCAGGAUUUGUUAGUGGGGGUGGGAUGGAACCUUUAGGAGACAUCUAACCCUAGUUUUGUAGAUAAUAUUCUUCACCCGGAAGUCAGGCAGACUGUUCUGUUGCAAUUGAGAUUAGGUUUGGUAGCAUUGUAACUAUUCAGCUUUUAUUUCAUGGAUGCCAGGUGCGGGAACUUGGGGUUUAGCUCAAAUUGUUCUUCAAAUGCAUUCAAGAUUUUGGUAAAUUCGGGGCAUGUUGCGGGAGCUGGAGCUGUAGCUGAGUGUGGCACAGAUACUGAUUUACGGCUUGAUUCUCCUGGUUCUUCUAUCCCUUACAUGUCCAACUCAAAGGGAAUCAAAAGGAAGUGGGGAUUGAUGGAUGGGUCCAUGGGCCAACUAGUUGGCUCUUCACUGUCUCUUGGGCUUGGCUGUUCAUCAAGCUCCUCAGAUAGCAAGGGGAGUUCAGCAACUGCUUGCACUACAAUGUCUUCAGCCAAAGAAACGGACGAGGAGUCCUCAAUGGAUAUUGAAUUGGACUUCUCGCUCCAUCUCAGUGGUGAGAAGGUACCCAGCCCCAAAAAACCUGCUAGUUCAAAUUUGAAAGCACUGGAAGUGCCACUCAAGGUUGAUUUGGAGUUAAGUCUCUCUACUGGGCUCGCUGAAUCCGACAUCACUAGUGUCCAUCCAGAUUCAACUCUGUUUCAUUUGGGAAUGGAGAUGCCACCAAUUGUUGGUGGGGCCCAAAAUUCGGAUGAAGGAUCAACAUCAGGUCGAUGGAAACCAGGGAGUAUUUUGCCGUUGGUGCAGACUCCAAUGAACCCAGCAGCUAGCUUCCUUUUCAACCCAGUUCCCAAAAAAAUUGAUCUAACUCCUAUUGUUCCAGACUUCUCAUCAAGUAUAUUAACAACACCAAACAGCUCAGUCACCUGUACUUCCGGGAUAACACAGCAGCAACAGGCACAACAUCGUAGUGGUAGUUCUAAGACAUGUCAAGUUGAGGGAUGUGGAAAGGGAGCCAGAGGUGCUUCUGGCCGUUGUAUUUCUCAUGGAGGUGGUCGUAGGUGCCAGAGGGCUGGUUGCCACAAGGGAGCAGAGGGUCGGACUGUGUACUGCAAGGCUCAUGGGGGCGGUCGGCGAUGCGAACACCUUGGGUGCACAAAGAGUGCAGAAGGGCGAACAGAUUUCUGUAUUGCCCAUGGCGGUGGUCGGAGGUGCAGUCAUGAUGGUUGCACUCGAGCUGCCAGAGGAAAAUCGGGAUUGUGUAUCCGGCAUGGUGGUGGCAAGAGAUGUCAAAAAGAAAAUUGCACAAAGAGUGCAGAAGGCCUCUCAGGUCUUUGCAUCUCACAUGGAGGUGGCCGCCGAUGCCAAGCUAUGGGAUGCACCAAAGGGGCACAAGGGAGCACAAUGUUUUGCAAGGCUCAUGGUGGGGGAAAACGGUGUACGGCUCCAGGGUGCACCAAAGGAGCUGAGGGGAGCACGCCUUACUGCAAGGGCCACGGUGGAGGGAAAAGAUGUGCAUUCCAAGGUGGUGGGGUUUGUACGAAGAGUGUGCAUGGAGGUACCAACUUCUGUGUGGCACAUGGGGGUGGUAAGAGGUGUGCUGUGCCUGAGUGCACAAAGAGUGCGAGGGGAAGGACAGAUUAUUGUGUCCGUCAUGGUGGGGGGAAGAGAUGCAAGUUUGAUGGGUGUGGAAAGAGUGCACAAGGAAGCACUGAUUUUUGCAAGGCACAUGGUGGAGGAAAGAAGUGUUCUUGGGGCCAUCCUGGAUCAGAAUAUGGCAGCCAACCUGGUGGCCCUUGCAAUUCCUUUGCCAGGGGCAAGACAGGUCUCUGUGCUCAUCAUAGUGGCCUGGUUCAGGAUAAGAGGGUUCAUGGAGGUGCUACCCUGGGACCUAUGGUUCAGGACCCUAAUCUCAUCCAGCCAGAGAAGGAGGUCAUCACUGAGGACAUGAAUGUUGAUGUCCUAAAGAUAGGGAGCAGCACGGGAACUUUGGCCGGCCGAACGUACUCUGAUUUGAAACUCUCGGUUAGGGAAGGAAACAUCCCAUCAGUGCCAGUAUAUAUUCCAGAAGGUAGGGUGCAUGGGGGAAGUCUGAUGGCGUUGCUGACAGCCGGUUCUGAUCUUGGCUCAAGCAAGGGUAAAGGUGUAGUUGUUACUUCAUCAGAGCCAAUGAAAUCUUACAUGACGCCUCGUGGCUGGAUGUAAGGCUCUACUUUCUCUCCCUUGCUCUUCAUAUGAUCCCGGUGGCUGGUAGCUAGAGUUGCUCAGCAUGUUUGUGUCCUUUGCUUCUAGUUUGUUCAGUGGUUUGGUAAUUAGAAGUAGUUCUCAUUCAUUGGUUCAAAUGGAGAGAACCCCGUAAAUGCUUUGACACCUUCCGUUGUAAUAGUUGGGGAAAAUCAAGUUAGGAGAUAGUUUGCAUUUCGAGUCAGGUCUCUGGUGUUCUUUCCUGUAAAUAUUAAUAUUUAUAUCUGUCCAGCAGGUUAUUGUGAAUACAGGUUACUACCUGUAAGUUUGUUCAGUUGGUCAGACAUUGUGGUUGUAAUAAAGCCUUUACCGGGAUCAUAUUUCCUGUA